AUGGAUGCCUUUUGCAGACUCAGUGGCCUGGACCCUCUGUGGGACUGGAACCGCACGUGGUACACGGCCAACCCGGACCUGACGCAGUGCUUUCAGAACACAGUGUUGGUGUGGGUGCCCUGCUUCUACCUGUGGCUGCUAGCGCCUUUCUACUGCCUUCACCUCUACUGCCAUGACCGUGGACGCAUCAGCAUGUCAGGCCUUUGCACUUCCAAGAUGGUUUUGGGGUUUCUACUGGCUUCCUUUGGUUUUGUGGAGUUCUUCUACAUCCUCUUGGAGAGAAGCCAAGAGAUCCAGCAGCACAUGGUCUUUCUACUCAGUCCCAUCAUUCGCAGCAUGACAGUCAUCUUGGCCUUGUGCAUCAUCCAGCUGGAGCGGAUCCGCGGCUGUCGCUCCUCAGUCUUCCUUUUUCUCUUCUGGGUCCUGGCGGUUGUCUGUUCCCUUGUGCCUCUCCGAGCUAAGAUCCAGCUGGCUUUAGAUGAGGGGAUUGCCUCAGAUAUCGUCCGAUACCUCGCAUUCUUCUCUUAUUUCACGAUCCAACUGGCAGAGCUGAUCUUAUGCUGUUUUGCUGACCAGCCUCCAGAGGGAAAAAACAUUUUGGAAAAGAAUCCUUGCCCCGUGAAGGAUGCCUCCUUCCUGUCAAAGAUCCUCUUCUGGUGGUUCACUGGGCUUGUAGUGAAAGGGUACCGAACUCCGCUGGCGGCUGAAGACCUGUGGACUCUGAGGGAGGAGGACACGUCUCAAAAGAUAAUCUCAGAGCUGCAGCAGGAGUGGACCGCAGAGUGUGCCAAGCUGCAGAGGCAGGAGAAGGCCCUGGCGGCGGGUGUACCGCUGGGAAGCCGCUUGCCCGACCAGGCUCAGCUGCUCCGGAAGCUGCAGAAGGAGCAGAGUUCAGGAUUCUUUCUGCUCAGGACUCUGGCAAGAAAGUUUGGUCCGUAUUUUCUCACGGGGACACUGUGCAUCAUCCUCCACGACGCCUUCAUGUUUGCUAUCCCACAGGUGCUGAGUCUCCUACUGAGUUUUAUGAAAGAUGAGGACGCUCCCCUGUGGAAAGGCUACUUCUACGCCACGCUGAUGUUCCUGCUGUCUUGUCUCCAGUCUCUGUUCAACCACCAGUACAUGUACACAUGCUUCACUGUGGGAAUGAGAGUCAAGACCGCCGUAAUGGGCCUGGUUUACAGAAAGUCUCUGGUGAUAAACAGCUCUGCCAGGAGGACAUGCACUGUGGGGGAAAUCGUCAAUCUGGUCUCCGCUGACACUCAGAAACUCAUGGACUUUGUGGUGUAUUUCAACGCUGUCUGGCUGGCUCCCAUCGAAAUUGCUCUUUGUCUCUUCUUUCUCUGGCAGCAUUUGGGACCAUCGGCAUUGGCAGGAAUAGCCACUGUCAUCCUCAUCUUCCCACUAAAUGGAUUCAUCGCAAAGAAAAGAAGCAAGCUACAGGAGGUCCAAAUGAAGUUUAUGGAUGGCCGCAUAAGACUGAUGAAUGAGAUUUUAAAUGGAAUAAAAAUCUUGAAAUUCUAUGCCUGGGAGAAAGCCUUUCUUGAGCAAGUUCUGGGCUACAGAGAAAAGGAGCUAAAGGCUUUGAAGAAGUCUCAGAUCCUUUAUUCAAUUUCUAUCGCCUCUUUCAACUCCUCGUCUUUCCUGAUUGCCUUUGCCAUGUUUGGCGUCUACGUGACCAUCGAUGCCAGAAAUGUCCUGGACGCACAGAAAGUGUUUGUGUCCAUGGCUCUGAUCAACAUCCUGAAGACACCACUGAGCCAGCUGCCGUUUGCCAUAAGCACGUCCAUGCAGGCUGUGGUCUCCUUGCGCCGUCUGGCAAAGUACCUGUGUUCGGAAGAGCUGAAGACGGACAAUGUCUCAAAGGCUCCAUUGAGUUCUGGGGAACAAGUUGUGAUAGAAAAUGGGACAUUUUGCUGGUCUGCAGAAGGGCAACCAUGCCUGAAAAGGAUAAACGUCCGUGUUCCACGAGGGGCUCUCGUUGCUGUGGUCGGACAUGUGGGCAGUGGAAAGUCCUCUUUGUUGUCUGCCAUGCUCGGAGAAACAGAGAAGUGGAAUGGUAGCGUCACUGUGAAGGGCUCAAUGGCCUAUGUGCCGCAGCAGGCGUGGAUCCAGAACGCCACUGUUCAGGACAACAUCACGUUUGGACGAGAGAAAAUGAAAUCCUGGUACAACAGAGUGCUUGAGGCCUGUGCUCUCCUGCCCGACCUCGACAUUCUGCCCGCCGGGGAUGCCACAGAGAUUGGAGAGAAGGGACUCAAUCUGUCUGGGGGUCAGAAGCAGCGGGUGAGCCUUGCCCGAGCUGUUUACAGAAAGGCCGACGUGUAUCUCCUGGACGACCCUCUGUCUGCUGUGGACGCACACGUGGGACAACACAUCUUUGACAAGGUCAUCGGGCCCAAAGGAGUUCUCCGAGACAAGACCCGUGUCCUGGUGACCCAUGGGAUGAGCUUCCUGCCGCAGGCCGACCUCAUUUUGGUCCUGGUCGAUGGAGAGAUCACGGAGAGCGGGUCAUACCAGGAACUCCUCAGCCGCAAUGAGGCCUUCGCCGAAUUCAUACGCACCUUCGCCAACACAGAGAGGAAGGAAAGUGUCAUGCAAAGAGCCGGCUCAAGGAGGUCUAACGCUCGUCUCAGCAUGAUCGAUUUCAUGCCCUUUUCAAGAGACCUCUCACAAGAGCAGCUCAUUGGAGGAGACACCACUAACACAAACCUGCAGAAUAUGGAGCCAGUGUCAGAAAUGGACCAGGAGCAGAUACCUGAAGAUCUUGGGAAAUUAACACAAGCCGACAAAGCCUUCACUGGACGGGUCAAAUUGGACAUGUACAAGAAGUAUUUCAAGACCAUUGGAUUGGCUCUCAUCAUCCCUAUAGUGUUCCUUUACGCCUUCCAGCAAGGCGCCUCUUUGGCGUACAACUACUGGCUCAGCAUGUGGGCCGAUGAUCCUGUUGUUAAUGGCACUCAGAUCGACACAGACCUCAAGCUGGCUGUUUUUGGAGCUCUCGGUUUUGCACAAGGCAUAGCCAUUUUCGGUACAACUGUGGCCAUCUCGAUCUGUGGCAUCAUCGCCUCUCGUCAUCUGCACAUGGAGCUCCUCAUAAACGUGCUGCGCUCCCCCAUGUCCUUCUUCGAGAGCACGCCCAGUGGGAACCUGCUGAACCGAUUCGCCAAAGAGAUCGACGCCAUUGACUGCAUGGUCCCCGAAGGCCUGAAGAUGAUGCUGAACUACGUGUUCAAACUCAUGGAGGUCUGCAUCAUCGUGCUGAUGGCCACGCCCUUCGCCGCAGUCAUCAUCCUGCCAAUGGCCCUCCUCUACGCCUGCGUCCAGAGCUUUUACGUUGCCACAUCCUGUCAGCUGCGGAGACUCGAGGCCGUGAGCCGAUCCCCCAUCUACACUCACUUCAACGAGACGGUGCAAGGUGCCAGUGUGAUCCGCGCCUUUGGAGAACAGCCACGCUUUAUUCUGCAGGCCAACGACAGAGUGGACUUCAAUCAAACCUCCUACUUUCCAAGAUUUGUGGCCACCCGGUGGCUGGCUGUCAAUCUGGAGUUUGUUGGAAACGGUGUGGUUUUAGCUGCUUCUAUACUUUCUGUGAUGGGAAGAAGCACCUUGAGCCCAGGGAUUGUCGGGUUGGCAGUGUCACACUCCCUUCAGGUGACUGGAAUCCUGAGUUGGAUUGUGAGGUCUUGGACAGAUGUGGAGAACAACAUUGUUUCCGUGGAGAGAGUCAAUGAGUACGCUGAUACUGCCAAGGAGGCGAGUUGGACCAAUGAGGGCAGCUCUUUACCUCUAGCUUGGCCUCAAAAGGGCAAGAUUGAAUUCCAGGACUUCGGGCUGCAGUACCGUAAAGGCUUGGAGUUGGCUCUGAAAGGCAUCACUCUGAAUGUCCAAGAAAGAGAAAAAGUUGGGAUUGUGGGCCGUACCGGAGCAGGGAAGUCCUCACUUGCCCUGGGAAUUUUUCGCAUUUUAGAAGCUGCAAAAGGAAAGAUCUUUGUAGAUGGAGUUAACAUUGCUGACAUUGGACUGCAUGACCUCCGCUCACGCAUUACCAUCAUUCCUCAGGACCCUGUGCUUUUCUCUGGCUCUCUGCGAAUGAACCUCGACCCGUUUGAUUCCUAUUCAGAUGAGGAAGUGUGGAGUGCACUGGAGCUGGCGCAUCUGAAGAAUUUUGUUUCAAAUCUACCGGACAAACUCAACUACGAAUGUUCAGAAGGCGGUGAAAACCUCAGUCUGGGACAGCGGCAGCUCGUGUGCCUGGCUCGAGCUUUACUGAGGAAAACCAAGAUCCUGGUUUUGGAUGAAGCGACAGCUGCUGUAGAUCUGGAGACCGACACACUCAUCCAAUCGACUAUUCGCAUUCAGUUUGAAGACUGCACUGUGCUGACCAUCGCCCAUCGACUCAACACUAUCAUGGACUACACUAGAGUGAUUGUAAUGGACAGAGGCCACAUCUCAGAAAUGGACACUCCUGCCAACCUCCUUGCACAGAGAGGACAGUUUUACCGAAUGUGCAGAGAAGCUGGUCUGGUGUAG